GUAAACAGCUAGCCGUGCCGCCCCGUCGCUCCGCGGAGACUUGCGCACAGCCGGCGAGUCUGUCUCUGAGCCGACUUUAUCUCGCUUCGGCGCGAAGGGUUCCGCAGCCGCAAGGCGUAAAAAACAAACAAGCAAAAAAAACCCGGCCGAUAGGGUUAUUUUAUUUCUCUUCUUUGUGGAACAAACGGACGGCUGAGUCGUCGAUGCUAGCUGGGAGGCUAGCCGUCCGCUGGUUAGCUGGGUCCGGUCACGUGGUGCGCGCUCGCGGCGCCGCUGGCAGGUCUCCUAACGGCACACGAUCUGAUAUCUGAUAGGUAUAAGGAGUUGCUAUGGUUGGUAUGGAUUUCUGCCAGAGGGGAGACAAAAACUAGAGACCUGUCCUGAGAAUCCACCAGGCUUCGUCAUUCCAGCUGACAGACGGCAAGGGGCAAGCCUGGCCAACACCAGCCCACUUGUCCCUUUGGAAAAGACUUCACCCCUCAAACAAACGUGUUCUCUGUCAUCCUAUAGUCUGCUGCCUGGCAUUAGGAGAGAAAGCCCAGCUUGUGCUGUAGCCCCACUUGCAAAUAGGCCCAGAUUCUCCCUUAAACAACAGAAGAGGCCCUCUAUGUUGUUGCGGCCUCAGAACAGGCUGUCCAAACCAAUUUGACCAGGAAGCGUAGCAGUUGGUAGAUUAAAGGCUUGUCAUAUCUUCAAACAGGAGCUUUUUGGUUUGUGUAUAGUAAUAUUGUGUAUUCAGGAGGUUAUUUGGAGAGAAAAAAAAUAUAUAGUUAUUCUAGAGAAAUCAUUUACAGUGUUCAGCUGUCUACGCCAUGUGCCGUGACUACAAAGAGAUAGUAGUCUUUGUUAUUUGAAACCCUCAUCCCUGCAUCAGAGGGCAGGCGGGCUUUAAGAUUAGUGUGCUGACUAACAGCAAAAACGUGGAUCAGUGAGGUUGUCAGGCGGCCAUGUUGUGGCUUCAGCUUUAGCUGUCCCCUGUGUAUGUGUUUAGUAAAUCAAGAAACUCUUGUCACUCAGGAAUGCCAACAAAGAACGGAGCACCAGCUGAGGGGACCUCCUCUUUCCUAGUUUAGCUUUAGAGGGAUACUGCCAGAUACGUCAGAUCAGCUUUUUGUGUCUGUAUCUCGUGAUUUGAAUUAAUGACUGUUGACUUCAGUUGAGGACCCCUCAGUCUUACUUGAUAUGAAGGGUUAAAUUUGCAUUAUCUAUUAGGUUGUUUUUUUUUUUACAGUUGCAAUUGUUUUUGUAUUCUUGCACUGUGUAUAUUUAGUGUUUUGAACUGCCCUUGACAAUAGAUUUGGUUUUUUUGAAGUUUAUUUAAAAAACAUCCCUGCCUUGUCACUUAGCCCUCUGGUGAGUGAGGUGUUGAGCUAGGCAGUGUCCGACACCAAGUCAUGGCUGAUUUCAACACCAAGCAAGUUGGGGGAGAUCUGAUGAUGUCAGGAAAAGAAGAACUGUCUUGUCUAGAGGAGAAUAUCUCGAAGGACCUUGCCGUAACUGCACCUCUAAGCUUGGCAACUGAGAGUCCAGGUCACAAACUGCCCACUACCACCAGCAGUCCUCCCGCUGCCGGGGUCCCAAUACAGGAAACCCCCACGCCUGAACCUCUGUCUCUGUCAUCAGAAAAUGAAACGGAAGCAUCCUCCACCGUAGAAGAAGAGUCUCUCUCAGCUCUGCUCAGCAAUGUCAUGACCGACAGAGCCAUGGGCCGGGGCACUGAGCAAGGAGACUCAACGGAAGAAGGUGUGGAUCUGGAGAUCGAGGAGAGCUCCUCUGUGGCAACGGCAGGAGGUUCUGAUGACCAGCGCCAGUCCACCGACUCGGCCUCCUUCUCCAUUCCCAGCCUGGAGCUGUCAGAUGGGAAUAUGGGGACAGGUAACUCGCUGAACGUGGAUGAGGGACUGUCCUCCUCCUACUCCGCCCUCGGGGCUGAGGGCAGGUCUCCUUCCACGGAGGUGCCCAGUCUGAGAGAGGAGGAUGCUCAAGGAGCUGCUGUGACAGCAGCAGGAGGCACCACUGCUCCAGAUCUGGAGCCAUCCAUGCCAGCAUAUUACCUGGUGAAAUGGAUCAAUUGGAAGGAGAAGAAGACCCCCAUCAUCACUCAGAGUGAGAACGGACCCUGCCCCCUACUGGCCAUCAUGAACACACUCUUCCUGCGCUGGAAGGCGAAGCUGCCCGCUCAGACCGAGGUCGUCACCACCGAGGACCUGAUGGCUCACCUGGGAGAAUGUGUGUUGUCCGUUUCACCCAGAGAAAAGACAGAUGGAAUGGAACUGAAUUUCCAACAGAACAUGAGCGAUGCCAUGGCAGUCCUUCCUAAGCUGUCUACAGGACUGGACGUCAACGUGAGGUUCACGGGAGUUACAGACUUUGAGUACACACCAGAGUGUAUAGUUUUUGACCUGCUGGACAUCCCGCUGUACCACGGCUGGCUGGUCGACCCACAGAGUCCAGAGAUGGCAGCGGCUAUAGGAAAACUGAGCUACAACCAGCUGGUAGAGAAAAUCAUCGACUACAAACACUCAACAGACAGCAGCCGAGUCAGCGAAGGUCUGGUAGCAGAGCAGUUUCUGGAGUCCACGGCUACCCAGUUGUCGUACCACGGUCUGUGUGAACUCAACACCACAGCCAAAGAAGGAGAGAUCUCUGUCUUCUUCAGAAACAAUCACUUCAGUACCAUGAUUAAACACAAGGGACAUCUGUACCUGCUGGUGACAGACCAGGGCUUCCUGCAGGAGGAGGGUUUGGUGUGGGAGUCUCUCCAUAACGUGGAGGGAGACGGGAACUUCUGUGACUCUGAAUUCAGACUCUGUCACCCUCCUCAGCGGGCCACCGGCCUGCCAGCACCCAGCACCACCCUGCAACCAACCAGCCAGGAGCAGCAGAGACAGAUAGACCAGGACUUCCUGGUAGCGAUGUCCCUCCAGCAGCAGCAGGGUGGGGUCCCGGGGCCCCUCAGUGAUCUGGAGUUGGCCAGACAGCUGCAACAGGAAGAAUACCAACAACAGCAACAACAACAACAACAACAACUACAGCAGCAACAACAACAACAACUACAGCAGCAACAACACCAGGGACCCCAGCAAACAACACAACAGGUCAGAGGUCAGGCAUCGGGCCAGCAGGGAGGAACCAGAAGAAGGGAGAAGGACUCCGAUUGUGUUCUCCUAUAGCCUCCCCCUCUCUUCCUCCUCCUCUUCCUCCUGUCUCUGCCAGGCUCAAUGCGCCCCAACACCCCCCCCCCCCGUCUGCACCAGGGACGCACCGCCAAGCUCUUUUUUUAAUAGGAUGUGGUUAAUUUGAUCCUAUAUAUCAAAUGGUUACACACACACACACACACACACACACUCUUAAGGGCCAAACCCAGCCAGCAAGCUUAAUGCCAAACCCCGGUGCUUUUUAAAGUUGUAGCUGUACAGUGCUCAUGGUAACAGUCUUCAAACCCUUCAAUAUUAACAGAGAGAUUGACAGACAAACCUCUACCUCCGCCAACAGACAGACAGAAAGGGAUGCAGACAGGCAGAUACAUACAUACAGACAGACAGACAGACAGGAUACCUCUACGUCUGGUUCCAUGAAGAUGUGGAGAAUCUGGGGAAGGGUGAAAAGGACAUUUGAUCAUUUCCAGGUCUUUAAAUUUGGGAAUUGUACAAAAUGUUGGAGGCCGUUUGUUAAACAGUUGUCGGACUCCUGUUAAAUGAUGAAGGGCUAGAAAAAUGUGGAUGUUGAAAAUGUGUAAAGACCGCUUUUAAAACCGACCCUCUGACUGCGGCGUUUUAAGAGUCUGGCUGGACGGGGUUACUUGGUUUUCAUCUCCGUGAAAGCCAAAAGGCGUGAAAGGCUGCUGAGGACUGGUUCACACUCAGUCCAGGUCUGAGAAAGUGACUUUUCCCUUUUCUUUUCUCUUUUAACACCUUAGAUGUCCAUUUGGAGGGAAGUAUUAAUACCUGAAUCUAAUUUGUUUAAUGUGUGUGAACUCUCAAGGAUCCCGCCUGUAAAAAGUGUUAAUCUGUCGAUCGAGGACUGAAGUUAGCACAUUGCCUAGCGGAGGUGUGCGAGGUAGUUUUCAAACUGUGUUGUCGUACUGCGUUGUGUCAAAGUGUCAUCAUCUUACUGCACAGGGUGAUUAUAAUAGGGUCUGGACUCUGGUUAAGAUUUUUUUUGUAUCUGGACAUUUUGGAAAGUCAGUCAUGUCUACUGUCAUGCUGUUGGAUGAAGGAGAAGGUCGGCUGGCUGUUGUCACAGACAGACUGACAGACAGACAGACUGACAACCGAGAGUUCUGUGGUUUAGAGACAAGCAGACAGACCAGACGCUCACUCGCAUCCCUGUGUCCAAAGGAAUUGCAUCGAGUGCAACUGGACUUGGUAUAUA